GGUCGCUCAAGGCUCCACAACCUUCUAGAUUAUUCCGACUCCGGGUCGCGUACACACCGAGAAAAAAAAAAAGAGGACAAAAAAAAAUAAAUAAAAUAAAAAUAACGGAGAAGAGACGAUAUCGCCGAUCGGACGUCGCAUCCCGAGAAUCCGGUUGCGAUAUCAAUUAUCGUUAUCAUCAGAGAAUCGAAUAACUCGAUACCACGGAGAACGCGACUAAGUGCAAAUCAAAAUCGCCGCAUGACAAAGCGGCAUGUCGGAGAAGAUGUAUUACUGGGGUGAAGAAAGGGAGACUGCGGACCCGGAGCAGACCUUUAUCGAAUUCAAAGCAAAGCCAUCGUCGGCGGGGGAAUCAUCAAGGACGAUUCCAAAGAUGGUGGUGUCACCUCCGCAGGGUGAGAUAGCGGGCGGUGCAGGUAAUCGUGGGGAAGAUACGGAAAGGGGUGGUUGGGACAACAAAUUGGACUUUUUGUUCUCUUGUAUCAGCGUUUCCGUUGGACUUGGUAACGUCUGGAGAUUCCCUUAUCUGUGCUACAAAAACGGAGGAGGUGCUUUCCUCGUCACCUACGGAAUCGCUAUGAUCUUCUGCGGGAUUCCAAUUUUUUUCCAGGAAGUUGCCAUCGGGCAGUACCUCGGAGCCGGAGGAAUGACCCUGGUCGGCCAACUGUGUCCUUUACUCCAAGGGGUCGGAUACGCUACGAUGACCAUAGUAUUUUUCCUCGACGUUUACUACUGCAUCAUUAUCGCCUGGACCUUGUUCUACUUGAUAGCGACAUUCGCUAAUCUUCCCGGUCUGCCGUGGAGCGGUUGCGGGAACUGGUGGAACACCGAGAGCUGUUUCAGUGCCGAACAAGUCCUGGCAGCGAAAGAUCUGAACGAAACAACGUCUUCUAAUCAGACCGUCCACCACACUACUCCCGUUGAAGAAUAUUGGGACCGGCGUGUUCUAGGAAUUACCAGCGGUAUCGAAGAGAUCGGUGGAAUGCAGUGCGAGCUUCUGGGGUGUCUGGUUCUCGGCUGGUUGCUGGUCUACCUGAUCAUUCGACGGGGUCUCCAUCAGAGUGGCAAGAUCAUCUGGUUCUCGGCGCUAUUCCCAUACGUAGUGCUGUUCAUCCUGCUCGGCAGGGCUGUGACAUUGGACGGUGCUGACGCUGGACUUCUUUACUACGUUACACCGAGAUGGGAGGAGCUUUUGUCACCUGGACCGUGGAUCGAUGGCGCAACGCAGAUUUUCUUCGCCUACAGUAUAGGAACCGGAGCUUUACCUGCCCUGGGAUCGUACAAUAAGUUCCAUCACAAUUGCUACAAGGACGCUUUGAUCACCUGCGUGGUUAAUACCUUGACGUGUCUGCUCGCCGGUUGCGUGACGUUUUCUAUCCUCGGCCACAUCGCCAUGGAACAAGGUACCGAAGUAUCGGAGGUGGUGAAGAGCGGACCCGGACUGGUGUUCCUGACCUAUCCCGAAGUCGUCCUCAAGUUGCCAGGAGCUCCGAUUUGGGCGAUCAUAUUCUUCGUGAUGCUGAUAAUUCUUGGAAUCGACAGCGAGUUCUGCAUCGUCGAAUCCUUCAUCACGGGAGUCGUUGACAAUUGGCCGGACACCCUGCGUCCGCAUCGCAAUAAAUUCACCGUUGCGAUUUGUCUUCUGAUGUUCCUAAUGGGCGUACCGAUGGUCACGCAUGGUGGGGUCUACAUUUUCCAACUCAUGGACUUCUACUCGGCCAGCGGUAUGUCGAUCCUUUGGGUCUGUUUUUUCCAGACUAUCGCUAUCUCCUGGAUUUUCGGUACCCAGAAAUUUUGCGAUUGCGUACAUCAAAUGAUGGGAAUUCGUCCGAAUAAAUUCUGGUACAUUUGUUGGCUGGUAUUCGCCCCGGUUGUAAUGGCGUUUAUAUUCGUAUUCCAAUGCGUGCAAUACGCACCCCUUAAGUACGGCAGCACUUACGAGUAUCCAUGGUGGGCCGAAAUCGUCGGUUUUAUCCUGAGCUUUUCGUCAAUGAUCUGGAUACCGGCUUACGCCAUAUAUUACGUUGUGGCAUCUCCGGGGUCGAUUAAAGAGAACAUCCUGAAGGGUCUGAAGCCGAACAUAAAGUCAAGAGCGAAGUUACCGAAAGGCGAAAAAUCGGCAAUAAUUCCAAUGUCCGAGAGCAGCGCAGGUCUGAUUUCUAAGAACAAUAGUUUUCUGAAUCAGUAACGAACCCUGAACCAGCCCGCAAGGGGCUCGCAUGAUUUUAGUGAAGUGUAACGGAUAAAAAUGUAUAUACAUAUAUAUAAAUAUUUAUAUAUAUUUAUAUAGAUCUAUACGGCGUGGGAUUUCCGUCUUGCGUGGCACAAGGCAGUGAUAUGUAGUAUUACUCGACUUUUAGCUUUAUUUAUAGAAAUUGCGCGGACACGACUUCAGACGAGUUAAUCGAUUAUUAUCAGAAACGAGUCGUACCAUCGAAUUACAAUGAGUUUCAUCAACGGCAGUAAUGAUUGGAAAGAAAGAAAAGAAAAAAAAAAAAAAAAUUCAACCAUCGGAAAAAUCAACUACGCAAUUUUUAAUUUUAAAACGUUGUUGAUAUUAUUAUGUAAAGUACUGUAAGAUAUAGAGUUCGAAGUCGCACAGUUUAAUUACCAUUCGGGUAACGGACCCGUACAGUUAACGAUAAUGAAAAUAAUAAUUGUUAUUAUAAUAAUCAUAAUGAAAAUCAAAUAAACCGCGGAAUCGCCGCAUCUUUUUAGUAAUUUAAUUGCAGUACGGGUUCCACUAGGAGUUUGUUGCUUAUGAAUAUAUUUAAAUGAUACUAAAAAUUAGAACGUAUUUUAGGAGAGAUUAGUUGUAGUCUUUUGGCUGUCGAUCUCAACGAAUUUAAAGGGGAGAAACAAAAAAAAAAACGAUGAUUUCAUUUCUAAUCAUUCACGCAGCGAUCGUGAGGUGGAAAAAAAAAUUGAGUUUUCCAUACCGAACUAACGCGAUAUCGUUCGUCGAAAUCCGAUCUAAUUUUAUUGA